ACAGCAUAGCUUCUGGCUUCACAAAAGUCAUGGAAGUAACCCAACCAGCAUUCAUGGUGGUAAAGAGACCAGAAGCUGCCUAUUUUGAGUGUGAAAUCAAGAACAUGGGUAAUGCUGAAGAUCUAAAAGUAACUUUAUUUAAAGAAGAAGACAAUCGGUCCAUUGAGAUCUGCGCCUCAGCCUUUACUCACACUGGGAUCUUAUUAGGCAACAAGAAGGAAAACCAGAGAUGCCAAGUUUAUCCUGGUCAUGACUGGGUAAAUGUAACACUUUGGGGUUUACAGUCAAGUGAUGCUGGUUUGUACAUUUGCCAGAUUGAACGGAUAUCCCCUCCACCCUACUAUCCAGUCAAAGGAAAGGGGACUCAGCUCUUUGUCAUUGAUAUAGAUUCUUGCCCAGAUAAACAUCUCUAUCUUUGGAUCUUAGUACCAGUAGCUUCUGGGUUGCUUGGAUAUAGCAUUUUAAUCACAAUCUUCAUUAUGACAGAUGUCAGAAAAAGACAUUUUUCUCCUGGGACUUAUGAGAAAAUGAUACCAAUGUAAUCAGAAAGAAAAGGACUUUAAUGGAAAAAGGGGGAAAUGAUUUCUAUGAAGUAUCAAUGAAGAGAAUGAAGUUCCUAAUAACUAAGAAUGUAAUUAUAAUUUCAAGAUUGGAGAAUGAGAGCCAAAGCAAUGCAUUAAUAUGUAAAUGCUGAAAUU